AGGCCCUGCAAAUAGGACUUGUUUGGGAGUGGAAGGGGGAGAACCUAGCUGGCUUCUCCGUGGAUUACAGAAAGUGGUCCCUUGGAUGCCCCAUUCAGGGGAAGACUUUGCCUUCUUGCAAACUCUUCAGAAGGCUAGAACUAAAGUUUCACCAUUCAGCCUUUCUUCAACCACCUCCAGUUUUGCAUCUUCGUAUAUUAUCCCAUUCUGCUACUGCUGCCUCUUACACUCACUAAAGGUCAGUAUCCCAAUGUCAGAAUCCAGUACAAAUGGCAUCCCAAGCAAGAAUUUGAUGAAAGCCACUACUGUCACCUUUCACAAUAUCUGCUAUAGAGUGAAGACCAAGAGUGGCUUUAUAGGUUGCCGAAAAACAGUUGAGAAAGACAUUUUGAGAGAUAUCAAUGGGAUAAUGAGGCCUGGACUGAAUGCAAUUUUGGGGCCAACUGGCAGUGGCAAAUCUUCACUACUGGAUAUUUUAGCUGCAAGGAAAGAUCCUCAUGGCUUGAGUGGCAAUGUUCUAAUCAAUGGAGCUCCUCAGCCUGCCAAUUUUAAAUGUAUAUCUGGAUAUGUUGUACAGGAUGAUGUGGUGAUGGGGACCUUGACCGUGAGAGAGAACUUCCAAUUCUCAGCCGCCCUCCGAUUGCCAAAGACUGUGAGCGAGCAAGAAAAGAAGGAAAGGGUUGACCAGAUACUCAAGGAGCUGGGAUUGACAAAAGUGGCCGAUUCAAAGGUUGGAACCCAGUUUAUUCGUGGUAUAUCAGGGGGAGAGAGAAAAAGGACGAAUAUUGGAAUGGAGCUUAUUACUGAUCCUGCAAUCUUGUUCUUAGAUGAACCAACUACUGGAUUGGAUGCUAGCACUGCCAAUGCUGUACUGCUCCUCCUUAAAAGGAUGGCCAGGCAGGGAAAAACAAUAAUCUUUUCCAUCCAUCAACCUCGCUACUCAAUCUUCAGACUGUUUGAUAAAUUGACCUUACUGGCUGCAGGAAGAAUGCUCUAUCAUGGAGCUGCUCAGAAUGCCCUAGAAUAUUUCAAGUCUAUUGGCUAUGAGUGCGAACCAUACAACAAUCCUGCUGACUUCUUUCUGGAUGUCAUUAAUGGAGACUCAACAGCUGUGGCUUCGAACAAAAAUGAUGAAAUUGAUAUAGAUACCAUUGAUGAAUGCACCAGUCAUGAUAAGACAUUGGCAGAGAAAUUAGCAGAGAAGUAUUCUAGUUCUGCUUCCUAUGAAGAAACCAAAACAGAAUUAGAAAAGCUGUCUUUGGGGAACCAAAAGGAGACCACUUUUCGAGAAAUCACCUACACCACUUCCUUCUUUCACCAGCUCAAGUGGGUCUCUAAACGGAUGUUCAAAAAUCUGCUAGGCAACCCACAAGCCUCCAUAGCACAGCUAUGUGUUACCAUUUUCCUGGGAUUAGUCGUAGGUGCCAUAUUCUUUGGGGUGACAGACGAUGCUAGUGGUUUGCAGAAUAGAAUUGGUGCCAUGUUCUUUAUGACCACCAAUCAGUGCUUCAGCAGCAUUUCCGCGAUUGAACUUUUUGUUGUGGAGAAGAAGAUAUUUAUACAUGAGUACAUCAGUGGAUACUACAGAAUUUCUGCAUAUUUCUUCUCAAAGCUAAUGGCUGAUUUAAUACCCAUGAGGACUUUACCGUGCAUUAUUUUCACGUGCAUUGUUUAUUUCAUGUUAGGUCUGAAACCAACAGCAGAGGCCUUCUUUAUAAUGAUGUUUACUCUGAUGAUGGUAUCUUAUACAGCUACUUCUAUGGCGCUAGCUAUUGCCACAGGACAGAGUUUGGUGGCUGUAGCUAAUCUACUCAUGACCAUCACCUUUGUUUUUAUGAUUAUUUUCUCUGGAUUGUUGGUAAAUCUCACCAGUAUACUGCCUUGGCUUUCUUGGCUGCAAUACUUCAGCAUACCUCGAUAUGGGAUGACAGCACUGCAGGUUAAUGAACUUACUGAUCUCAAGUUCUGCAACUUAAGUACAAAUGAAAAUUGGAGCAAUUCUAACUGUUCGGAGGUUACCAAAUUACAGAUGUGCACUGGAGAACAAUAUCUGAAAAGCCAAGGGAUCGAAGCAACUGCAUGGGGCCUGUGGCAGAAUCAUGUUGCACUUGCUUGCAUGAUAAUAAUUUUCCUUACAAUUUCAUAUAUGAAGUUGCGGUUCAUGAAAAAAUUCUCUUAAAGACAAGUCUGUGAUCCAGACUGCCCUGGAGACGUCCUAAGUAGCAGAGCUGUAGGCAUGACUAUUCUCUUCUAUUAAGUCUUCUUUUUUUCUUGAACACGUAAUGGAGAAAAACAGUAUUGCAAAAUAUCUGCAUCUAUAGCACACGCAAAUAUUAUUUUUCUAUAUUGACAUACUUGUUAGUGGCACUUUUACCCUAAGCAGCCAAAAGUUUGAGCAAUAUGGCAGGAUCCAAUCAAGACUGAGCACUUGCAAGCUCUGUAGAUAUAGGUGGGAGAGAGUUAAUCAAGUGCUUAAUUCUCCCAUAGAAACCAAUGGGAUAUAAAGUGCUUAAGUCCAAAAGGAUUAAUAUUAAUUAAAAUGCAGAACAGUUUUUGAGAGGGAUUGUCAUGAAUCGAUACAAUUUAGGAGCAAGAAACUUGGAUUUCUAAAGCUAAGCCCUUUUUGUUCACAGGAUUAUAGAAUACACCUGCUGCUGCUGCUUAGAUAGCACUUCUGGUGUGUUCAGAGCAUGUCACACAGAUUAGCACUAUGCAUAUGAACCUCCUCAUGCGUUCAGUGUAUGACUGGAAGGAGCAAGAAACAGGACUGCAUUUGCAGGUCUCAUUCCCCAUAUUAUGUGUCUCACUGGCCCUGGUCCCCGUUGCAUUUGGCAUGGUGUUUGAAAAGGGGAAAUAUGUGCCUACUGUUGUGUACACUCAGCACCCUCCCUCUCUCCCUUUACACAAAACGUGGACUUCAGGGCCAGGGGGCUUCCAUACGUUCAUUGAAUGUGGGGGUGAAGUGUCAUAUGAAAGCCCCUGUUAAGUCAGUACUGCAUAUACAUGGUUCCUAACACCAAGGUUUGUUUUAGUUUUUAAGAAAGGGAUCUUUGGAAGAGGAUGACUACAUGCAGAGAUUGUGCAGUGGGGGAAGGAGAAAGGGCAUUCAUCCUUUCCUUGCUCCAGAUCACCUCCUUCCCUGAAUGGCUUCCCAUCCACAGACUUUCGUAUCAGCUUGCCCACUCGUACAAAUUGAAAACUAUUAUUUCAUUGCACUAUUUUAUGCAAUAUCUUAUUUCUCUUUCCACCCCAAAUAGGAGCCAAUCAGUUAAUUAGCAUAUAUAAAAUUUAAUUUAGAAAUACCUAUAUUUAGGGCAUCAAAUGAGUGGAAAGGUUUUGCAUACAAAUUAUAACUAAACUGCUAAAGAAUAACUGCUUAGUUAUUAUAUAUUUCACAUAAAGGAUUAUGUUGAAGUGCAAUCAAUUAGAAACAUUACGUAUUUCCUUUCUGUUUUGUAGUCUCUGUGGCUCAUUCUGAGUUUAGGAUGAGAACCGAACCUCAUGAGCUGAGAUAGAUGCUGCAUGGUUUACAGCUCUAAGAUCUCGCCUCUCCCUGACCCUCCGCCACCUCCAUCCCUGAGUCGGUUGAGGUUCUUACUUAAGAUUGUGAGCCUUGCAGAACAAAGGCAGACUGGGUCUGUUGUUUUAUACUGGUACAGCAUCUUGUUUCUGUAGAUACCAUGGAAAUUAAAUAAAUGAAUAAACCAGACGCAGUGAAUUAAUGCAAGCUGUUGCUCCCUAAAACGGCAGUGUUGUCAGCACAUGACAUUUGGCAGGAGUCCAGGGCUCCUCACGCAGCAGGAGCAAGCACCACAUUUUGAAGUACUGAAGUACUAACAUGUCCUCUUUUAAAGAGAAUCCCCCAUUGUAAGACCUCACCUAACUGUGCUAAUGUCCCCCCACAUUCCAAAAAGGGGAGAAAAAAUAGCAACACUAUCUUUAACUGAGCUGAUCGGGGUGGGUGGGGAGUAAACCUGACUAAUGCACUCAA